GUAGUGUGAGGUGUCGGUCGUGCGCUUGAGCUACUCGUUUACUCGAAAGCUGUCACUCACUGAGCACACAUGCAUCACCGGUAUUAAUAUUUUAUUUUCUACAAUACACCGUUUUGCUGCUACCUGUAGGCUGGUUUGAGAGAAAAGUUUUAGACUAUUCUUAAUUUCACAGCUAUCAAAAAUAAAUUUUUGAGUAGCCGAAGUGAAAGUAGCAAUCAAAAAAUCUGGUUGGCGCCAUCGUGAAAUGAAAAGGGCUGGAGAUGCCACUGGACAGCCCCCUGCCUCCGUUGCCACCGUCGUGCCCGCAGUGUCUGGUGGCAUAUGGCAGCGGCGACGCUCGGCCGCUGCGCGAGCAAUGUGGCCACACGCGCUGCUACCGCUGCACCUUUGCCUCCGCAACAUGUCCACUCUGCACUGCGCUCUUGGAACGGACGCGACAUGAAGGCCCCGGCCUGCCACCAGACGCGCGGUCCGCAUCUCUGCGCUCUACAUCCAUGUCGCCUUGCCGGUUUCGUAGCUCCUCCUUCCGUCUGAGCUCUCGAGGCUCAUCUCCCGCUGGAGCCUUGCAACAGCAACCCAGGGCAGCGCCCUACUACCACCAUCAAAUACAUGGCGUGCGGGCGAGCGCGCGCCCUGGCAGACGCCGCAGCCGACGCGUGUCGGUGCCGCUGCCGCUGCCGCGCAGGGAGGAACUCGGGCUCAGGGGCGCUCCACUCGGUGGUUUGUACGGCAUCUCCCCCGACCACCCUGUGCUGCCGGUGCUGCCCUCAAGUAAAGCGGCUGAAGAAGACCUCUACGCUAGGUUCCAGCUGCUGCUCUGUCCCUCCGCCGCCGCGGCAGACAACAAGACAAACUCCUCUGGUGGCUCCAAGGCAUCAAGUGGACCUAACGUUGCCAGCUCCAACACCAGCCCUUUUUCUACGCUGACAGCAGGUUCGUCUGAAGUGGAACCCCGCCUGCGACGUUCACCCGAGGAAAGCAUUUACGAAGAACGAUACGGCGAUCGCGUUUACGGUGAUCGCGUUUACGGUGAUCGCGUUUACGGUGAUCGUGUCUACGGUGAUCGUUUCUACUGUCCCUCCCUGUACACCUCCCCUCGUAUGGGUGCGGCGGUUCUCACCAAGCCUCCUCUGUCCUUAAGUAGGAUGGUGACUCCUCCGUCGCGAUGUGUCUCCUCGCAAGCCAACGACUCCCUUGCACCCAGUCUCGACGCCGAGUUCAUCGGUCGGUCUUGGCUCUUUGAAGAACUUUUCAACUACGUGUCGUCUCAGGCAUCGCAGAAAAAAGGCGCUCUUAUCGUCGGUGCUGUUGGCACUGGCAAAACGGCGUCCAUCAUUCGAAUUCUCGACCACGUCCAAUCUUACCAAGGAUCAUCUGGGUCUGAGAUUUACUGCGAGCCUGUAUCGUCUGAUCAAACAGCUUUACAUGCACUGGCAGGUCGAGUUGUUGCCUAUCACUUCUGUCUCGCUGGAGACGCAAGCACCAACCUAGUCCCAGACUUUGUGCACUCCAUGGCGAACCAACUUUACCAGAGUCCACGGCUUGCAGCCUACAAGGAGUUGCUUCAGGCUGAUAUGAGCUUAAGACAAAGUGUUAGUCUCGCAUCGUGCAUUGCUGAUCCUUCCCAUGCGCUUCAAAAAGGAAUUUUUCAGCCGUUACAGCGUUUAAGGAGGCGAGGCAAACUUCCGAAUGAUGCCUUUGUUAUGUUGAUCGACGGGCUGGUAAUGCCUGAGAAGAGCGGGUCACAGUCGACUAUUAGAUCACUUGCAGACUUUUUAUGGAAAGAAAUUAGCAACGCGCCUGCCAUUCUCAAGUUCAUUGUGACUAUGAGACCUCCCUUUGAAGGAGAUUUGGAGAGUGUUCCGCUUCACCCAAUCUCUCUUGAUCUCAAAGUCCAGCAUUCCCCAAGCGAUCCUGCUUACGAAGAUCUUAUUAAUUACGUGUCUUUCAGAUGCGAACAUUCGCACAGAGUAUCGGAAAACAUCUCUGUAACUCCCGACGCUUUAGAGAGCGGCUCUGUGCUUGAUAGGUUCACGCAUCACGUAGUUGCCCUCUCGAAAGGAUCUAUGUUAUUUCUAAAACUUAUUCUUAACCUAAUUGAAAAUGGCUUACUAGUCUUAAAAUCCGGAUCUUUCAAAAUCCUCCCUCAGUCAUUAGCGGAAAUUUUUCUUUUGAUGUUCAACUUUAAGUUCCCUACCACCGCCAGCUACGAGAAGCACCAGUCAAUUUUUAACGUCGUUCUUGCAGCUCGCUCACCUCUCACCCUUCAUGAAAUAUACCAAUCCAUAAAUUCCGGUUAUUUAUGUCAAUUCUAUUCAUACGCCCAGUUCCUGAAUCUCUUCAAACCAUUCAAAGACCUGCUGAGGAAGCGGCAUGACAAUACCUACGUGUUCUUCCAUCCGGCUUUGCGGGAGUGGCUCACAAGUCGGUCUCGAGGAGACUCGAAAAAAUUCCUUAUUGACGUAAACGUCGGGCAUUGCCACAUUGCAUUGAAACUCACUCGUGUCGACUGGCCUCUCUCUGACGAGGCGACGCUCGAACUCGCCCACCACAUUGUCUGCUCACAAACUUUCUCUCAAGACAACAAGGGCAUCAUGACGAGGGAAGAAUACCAGGCUCUCUGGAUAACUCAGUCGUCCGCAAAUCCUUCCGGGGCCUUAAUUCAUCCCCGUAAUCUGUUCUAUCCUGACCUGCAGGUCUCGCGACUCCUGCUACUCGCCGGAGCUUCAGCAAAUCAAGUGACUAACGUCAAAAAGGAAAGUUCAGUGUUGGGUGUUGCCAGCGCCCUUGGGUUUCACGAGUUCGUUUGUUUGUUACUUGAGUUUCAAGCAAAUCCAAACCGUCCCAACAACGAUGGAAAUACUCCAUUGAUACAGGCAGCUGCAGCUGGGCAUCUUGACAUCGUAAAAACUCUCAUAGAAAACAAAGCUAAUGUCUCGGCAAGGAAUUGUCUCGAAGAAACCGCCCUAGUCAAAGCCGCAUCGUUCGGUCACAGCGAGAUCGUGAGUUCCUUGCUGAGGUGCGAUUGGCCGCGUGCCAGUCUCAGGAAUCAGACUCUCCAGGCGCUCGUGGCUGCUGCCCGCAAUGGUCAUGCCCAGACGAUUGACCAGCUCAUCCAGUCAUGCCAGGAGCUCGUUAAUGAGAUAGACCACAGAUCUGGUGAGACGGCCCUCACUGCUGCGUGCAAGUCUGGCCAAGUAGAUUCAAUCAAAUGUUUGCUGCAGUGGCGGGUGUCUGUCCUUAAGAAAGGAAGGAAAGGAGAACCGCCUCUGUGUUGUGCUGCCCAGAAUGGUCACUAUGAAGCUUGCAAAUUGCUCCUCGAUAACGCCGUACCUAUCGACCAAGCCAACGAAGAUGGCCGCACAUCACUCAUCAUUUCCACGGUGGAGGGUCACUUUGGCCUCAUGGAGCUUUUUACGAUGAACGACGCUAAGCUUGACGUAACUGAUAAGGAGGGACUGACAGCCCUCAGCUGGGCAUGUAUGCUGGGUAAAAAGCAUGCUGUCCAGUACCUUCUGGACCACGGGGCGGACGUCAAUCAUGCUGAUCAUGAGGGACGGACUCCUCUGGAUCUGGCUGCUCAUGAAGGAAGUGUUGCUGUGGUGCGAGUGCUCAUGGAACACGGGGCUUUGGUAGAGCACGUCGACCUGAGUGGCAUGCGGCCGAUCGACAGAGCUGUCAGUGCCGGCAAUGCAGACGUCGUUCAGUGCUUCUUGCAAAAAGGAGCGAAACUUGGACCCACCACUUGGUCCCUGGCAGCUUCUCAGCACAAAAUUAUUUUGCUGUUGCUGAUGAAGCUCAAGAGCGACGGGCUUGCCUUACUGCGCAAAAACCGUUUUAAAGAAGCUGCCCAUCGCUUCAGUUACGCCCUGAAGAAAAUCCCGACCUGUGUCGACGAAGAUGAGUUCCGCGACACCCUGGCUACGCUGCGCCUUCAUCUCACUCUCAACUUGUCCCGAACUAAAAGAAAGAUGAACGAGCUCACUGAGGCGAUUCAGCUGGCCAAUGAAGCUCUACAGCUCAGUCGAGACUCGUACGAGAGCUACUUUGCUCGAGCGCAGGCCAAACGGAAAGGAGGCAAACUUGAAGAUGCCCUCGAGGAUAUCAACCAGGCGCUGAGUCUCAUCCCAGAAAUUUGCGUCUCAAGCAACAUCCAUCGCUGCCUGACUGAUGUUAGGGACGAAAUUGUUGCCGAACUCAAGAGCUCUGGCAAGGAGGUUGACCAAACACAACUCAAACAAGCUCCUGUCAAACUGAAACAAAACAGCCAACCGGUGACUGCGGUGCCCGAAACCGAGCUUGUAAUGACCUCAAGUAUACUAUCAGAAUCAGGAUAUUCUUCAAACUUCUAAGGCUAUGCCUGAAAAUUCUAGUCAAGGUGUGAGAUGCGAGGCUUCUCACUUGAAAACCAUGAGUGAUAAUCGUGUGCAUUGGAAAAAAACCCGAGUGCCAAUUAGAUUUAAUGCUACCAUUAAACUUCCUGUUCUAUUUAUCUAAUGUUUACUAUUGAAAUUACUGUUCGAUGUGAAUUCAAAUUAUCACAUUUUGAAAUAUACUUGCAUUAACA